AUGCAACGUCUUGAAUUUGAAAUGUUUGCUAACGAAAUCCUAUCAAGGCUACCAACAAAGUAUGUUGCUCGAUUAAGAAUGGUUUCUAAACAAUGGCGUUAUGAACUGUCGUCACAUUUGUUUGCGAUUAUACACUAUCGCCGUAUGGCUAAUAACCCUUAUCGUAAGGUUAUCAUGUUUACCAACUCAUCAAUUGAUAUUCAUAACUUGAUUGGAGGAAAGUUAGACAUUUCUUCAGGGAAGAGUAUUUCCUUCCCCUUUGACACACAUCUUUCCAAUCUAAUCAUUCUUGCUUCUCAGUAUGGUAUUUUACUGAUGUGCAUUCAGUGGCGUCCGAACGAAUUGAUUCUUUGGAAUCCAACAACUAACCAAUUUUCGAAUUUGUGUGAUAAGAAACCUAAAAAUUUUUUUGAUUUAAGGGAAGAUGCAGUUGGGAUUUAUAUGGAUUCAUCUAACGAUCUAAAAAUAUUACUUCUCCAACGUCGUACGGAUGAUGUUAUACCGCGUGUGUAUUCUCGGAACAUAUGUGAAUGGAAAACUUUAACUUUCUUGAAAGGAGCGGAUUACGCUUCAACUUUAUAUUGGUGGUCUUCCGGAACUUUAUGCAAUAAUGUUUUAUAUUUUCCAUCUCCACACUAUUGGACGCCUGCUAAAAGUUAUACCAUUGCUUUUGAUGUCGAAUCUGAAACUUUUUAUAAGGUUUCGAUACCCCAAUCUACUAAUCUUUUUGGUCGCCAGAGGAGUUUUCUCAACAUCCGCAACACACUUCAUAUGUUUAUUGUUGUAGAGACCCCUAAAACAAUCGUGAAGCUAUAUAAAUUUCAAGAUGAAAUUUGGUCAGAAGUGUCGUCGUUUAGAAGCGGAAAGUUAUUUUAUUCAGUUGAUUCAUGGCGUAACAAAUUAGCUGAGAACAAAGGUGACACUUGGACUGUUAACAUCGACCGGGGUGGUAUUAUCGAUAUACAAAUUGGAAUGAAGGACUCUCAAUACUUACGAGACGCAGAGAAAUUUCAGGGAAUAUACAAUGUAGCAUCGUUUGAAGAGACCGUUGUCUCACCUAUUUAG